CCGCUGACUGCCGCGCGGUGCGGUCUCUCCUCAUUCGUCAAGCCGGUCGCGACGCGUACCAUGUGGCCACGCAUCGUCGGAAAAAUUCGAUAUCCGACCAAUAACUGAUUUCCGCCACGCACUAUUCGACGAUAAAUCAUAACACAACACGAUAGUAGUAAUAGUAUACAUUUAUUUCGUUUUCGUUAUCGUCGUUUCGACGGGUUAUACUUCGUUUCAUAUUCUGUCCGUCCUCUCUCACUCUCUUUCUCUCUCUCACACAAUCUCUCCUUCUCUCCCCGACGACAACGACACGACGACACCGACAAACGGAAUCGAUCAUUGCGUCGCAUUAUUCUCGGUCCGGUCCGUGUCCGUCUGCUGUUUCGCCGCCAGUGUCGCACCUACCCCACGCACGGCAUGAUCGGCCGUUGAACCGGGGAGUCCGAAUGCCGGCGCGAUUGCCCACAACCGCCUUGUAGCCGACUACUCACGACACAGAAAUAUCAAUUGUACACACAAUUUAUUUUCCCCAGAAUCACACGACGAGUUAUGGGAAAGAAUUGGCAAAUUACAAUAUGUGUCUACUCUACUGCCAUUAAAUGUCAAUGUUCUUUUUUCGUUUGCACAACCUUCGCCGUGAGGAGGAAAUAAAAAAACGCCGGAAACGAGGCAUGAGGCACAGGCAUCAGCUAACACUGGCGCCCAGCCGGUUGUUUGAGAAACCACCGCUAACACCAUCUGAUAGCCUAGACGCGGUUGCCUUGCAAAUUCCCAGGGUACGAGUGGAAUAUUACGUUAACGAAAAUACAUUCAAAGAACGUUUACAAAUAUAUUUUAUUAAAAACCAACGCUCAAGUCUUCGUAUUCGUAUCGCAAAUUUAUUUUUCAAACUACUAACAUGUGUUUUAUAUAUCGUCCGCGUCGUACUCGAUCAAGAUCCCACGUCCGCGACUUGUUAUGGAUGCAAAAUGGGAAACAAAACCGAAUUCCUAUGGAGCCGAAAUUUGACGGACGAGGCGUUCCAAGCGAGACCCAUAAUCAAUUGGGAUGCGAUCCAGUGGGUAAAACGACCGAUGGAGCUGUGGGUGAUACAGUGCGGACUGGCGGUUUUCGCCCUAUGCGAAUCACUACUUCUCACGUACAUCGGUUACAAGGGAAAUGUAAUGCAACAACUACUAUCAUUCCACUUCCUUUUAGAGUUGAUCACAACUGUACCCUUUAUUUUCACAAUUUUCCAACCAACAUUGAUCAAUCUUUUCAUACCAGUGUUUUUAAACUGUUGGUUGGCGAAAAAAUCCUUAGAAAAUAUGUUUAAUGAUCUUCACCGUGCUAUGCAAAAAUCUCAAUCAGCACUGUCCCAGCAGUUGAUGAUACUUUCAGCCACGCUUCUUUGUUUAGUAUUUACUAGUGUAUGUGGUAUACAGCAUUUCCAAAGAGCUGGACAUCGGCAUUUGAGCCUCUUCCAGGCUACUUAUUAUGUGGUGGUCACAUUUUCUACUGUCGGAUACGGCGAUUUCGUGCCUGACAUUUGGCCUUCCCAGCUCUAUAUGGUUGUUAUGAUAUGCAUAGCACUCAUCGUUCUUCCAACACAAUUCGAACAAUUAGCGUUCACAUGGAUGGAAAGACAGAAACUCGGAGGUUCAUAUUCAUCUCAUAGAGCACAUUCUGAAAAACAUGUAGUCGUCUGUAGUACAACUCUUCAAGCUGACACAAUUAUGGAUUUUCUAAAUGAAUUUUACGCACAUCCAUUACUUCAAGACUAUUUUGUGGUCCUAUUAUCGCCAAUGGAACUGGACACCACAAUGAGAAUGAUUCUCCAAGUACCUAUUUGGGCACAACGAGUAAUUUAUAUCCAAGGGUCUUGUUUAAAAGACGGAGAUCUGUCAAGAGCUAGAAUGAGUGACGCUAAAGCUUGCUUCGUUUUGGCUGCUAGAAAUUAUGCUGACAAAACUGCUGCAGAUGAACACACAAUCCUACGUUCGUGGGCGGUCAAGGACUAUGCUCCAACUGUUCCCCAAUAUGUUCAAAUAUUUCGACCAGAAAAUAAAUUACACGUAAAAUUUGCUGAGUUUGUUGUAUGUGAAGAUGAGCUUAAAUAUGCUCUUCUUGCUAAUAACUGCACAUGCCCCGGAGCAUCUACACUAGUAACACUUCUACUGCAUACUAGUAGAGGGCAGGAAGGCCAGACUUCGCCUGAGGAAUGGCAUAGGCUGUAUGGUAGAUGUUCGGGAAAUGAAAUCUAUCACAUACUUUUAGGAGAUAGUAGAUUUUUUGGUGAAUAUGAAGGCAAAAGUUUCACAUAUGCAAGUUUUCAUUCACAUCGAAAGUUUGGUGUAUCAUUAGUGGGCGUGCGGCCGGCCGAUUUACCAGAGUUUUAUGAAGACACAAUUCUUUUAAAUCCUGGGCCUAGGCAUAUAAUGAAGAAAUCUGAUAUAUGUUAUUACAUUAGCGUUAAUAAGGAAGAAAAUUCAUCGUUUGUGGUUUCAAAUAAUGGUACCGCGCCUUCAAAACAUCUUGAUAGUAUGUUAAACAAUGAUAAGCCCACUGAAGUUCAAAAAACUAUUAGGGAAAGUUACACGUUCCAAAACAAACAAACUGAAGAACCGACAAUCGUAGGUAAUCAUUUGAAUAUCCCAAAGCCAAUGGAUAUGAACCCGAAUUUAUUGAGCCCUGAAGUGCUAGGUCAAAGAAGAGGUAGUCGCCGUCCAAGUAUAUUACCUGUGGCUGAAAAUAUAACAGGUUCGUCAUUAAACAUAUCUGUACCUCCUCCAGAAGAAGAUGGAGACGAAAGCGAAGACGAGCUUGAAGAUGAGGUUCCGUGGAGAUCGCCAAGUGAAAAAAUUGCAUUCCGCGUUACAGCGGAUGGUGAGGAAGACGUUUACACACAGCCUGUUUGGCAUGCUGAGUGGACCAGGAUAGUCAAAGGGUUUCCACCAGUAUCACCGUACAUAGGUGUCAGUCCCACAUUGUGUUAUUUAUUAAAAGAAAAAAAACCACUUUGUUGUCUACAGCUGGCCCAGGUAUGUGAGCACUGUGCUUAUCGGAAUGCCAAUGACUACAAUUGGCAAAAUAAAACAAUAAUUUUAGCUGCCGAUUACGCGUCCAAUGGAAUUUACAAUUUCAUCAUACCACUGAGGGCACACUUUCAUCCGAAAACGUCCUUAAAUCCGAUCAUCAUACUAUUAGAACGACGUCCGGAUAUUGCAUUUUUAGACGCCAUUUCAUACUUCCCACUUGUUUAUUGGAUGCUGGGAUCCAUAGAUUGUUUGGAUGAUCUCUUGAGGGCUGGAAUAUUAUUAGCAGAAAACGUAGUAGUUGUAAAUAAAGAACUAUCAAAUUCAGCUGAAGAGGAAACAUUAGCAGACUGUAAUACCAUUGUAGCAGUCCAAACAAUGUUUAAGUUCUUUCCCAACAUCCGUAGUAUAACUGAGUUAUCUCAGUCAUCCAAUAUGAGAUUUAUGCAGUUCAGAGCACAAGACACCUAUGCGCUGCACUUAUCAAAAAUGGAAAAACAUGAAAAAGAAAGAGGCUCACACAUAUCGUACAUGUUCCGACUGCCAUUUGCGGCUGGUUCCGUAUUCAGUGCCAGCAUGUUAGAUACAUUGCUAUACCAAGCAUUUGUAAAAGAUUAUGUCAUCACUUUUGUGAGAUUACUGUUGGGUGUAGAUCAGGCUCCUGGUUCUGGUUUCCUAACCUCGAUGAAAAUUACAAAAGAAGACAUGUGGAUACGAACUUACGGUCGUCUUUACCAAAAGCUUUGUUCUACUACUUGUGAGAUACCUUUAGGAAUUUACAGAACUCAAGACCUAUCGAACAUAGAAUCACCACCGGAUGCAUGUGGUACAGACUGCGAUAAAAUAUCUGAGGGUUCGGAUCACGAAGCUUACAUGCCCAUUCCGACUAACUGUCUACCUAAUUGCCACAGGAACCAAAAUUCUGUAUUUUCAAUUAACAUGCACGAUGACGCCCGAGAUAACCAUGACAACUUGAUCGAGCGAGCAGAAAUAGUAAACUUGGUUAGAUCUCGAAUGGACAGUUUGAAUUUACCUGCCGUUGAUCACGAAGAAGUCAGCGAGAAACGGAGCAGUCUAUCAUACGUCAUUAUCAACCCCAGUUGUGACCUCAAACUCGAGGAGGGUGAUAUUGUAUAUAUUCUACGACCUAGUCCGUUUUCGGCUCAGAAAACGUUCGAGAGGCACAACAGUCGUCGGAAGUCCAACAUAAGUUUCAACUCGACAAUCGGGCAGCUGGGCUUCGGGUCGAGACGGGGAUCGAGUAUGGCGUUUCCCCCGUUCAUGACCAGGCCACCGCCGUUAGUCACCACCAAAGCGAACAGCCUGUCAUUGCCGGACAGCCCGACGGUGGGCAGCGCCCUCCGAGCUCGGUCCAACUCUCUACGUGUAGUCGACGACAUACUGUUGAGACGGUCCAAUUCGCUGAGACAGGGACUUUCCAUGACGUGUAACCGGAAGAGCAGCCUCGAAGAGUUAGGAGUGUCGCACUUUCCCAUCGGGUCAAUCGCUCACGAACGCAGACCCAGUAUGCAAGUAAGCGUAAGCGCUCGAUCAAUGAGAAAUAUCGUCACUGCGCGAAGGCGGUCUGAGCUGCACCCGAGCGAAAUGAGCGGCAGUGCCAUUAAGAUUGCGCUGAACGGCAGCAUUGGGCUGGAAGUGACUCCGCCGGAAGAGGUGUCCUCGCCCGGCAUGUCCAGCAACACGAGCAUGGUGACCGUACCGUCACUGCACCAUCCGCCGUUGCCGUCGCCGGUCAUGUCGCCGCACUCGUCGCACGAACACUUGCAGGGCACGAUUGUAUGAUACAACUUGAUGUGGGGCAAACGGAAGAGCAACAACGCUCGCAACAAGUGGCUGUGAACGCACGUCACUCACGUUCUUCCCGAUUGCUUCCACAUCCGUCCACCGAUAUUAUAUUACUAUAAUUGUAUAUGAUAUUAUAUUAUAAUAAAAUAUGUCAUCACACGCGAGCGACAACGACAACGACGACUACAACAAUGAUUAUUAUUGUUUAUGAUACACACACACAAGUCCCUACACCACACACACACUUUAUUACGAGGCGUCAGUAUUGAAAAUAUCACGAGCAGCAGAACUAAACCAAACUCACGCUUUUUUCCGUCAAUAAUAAAUUUAAAUUUCGGGAUAUUGAAUACUUGUUGUCGUUUUUCAUCAACUUUAAAAAAAAAAAAAUACCGUACAGAAUACGCAAAUAAAGACAAUAAUCUCAUGCGAAUAUUUCAAUACGAGUCUCGACUUCUUAAGAAAAAAAUGUUUACGUAAUCGUUACAAAAGAAAUAUGUGUUAUAUACAGCAACUUACAAUUCAUGUGAGUCAAACCCCGACUUACCAUUUCAUGGGUAGCUCCAAUGUCUAUACAUACAUACACAUAUACACAAACACACUCAUACAAACUCACACACACAUACACACUCACGCACACAUAUUAUAUACAUGCGAACGCAGAUACAUAUUGCAAUAUUUUACUGUUAUUGUACAUAUGUUGAAAGUGAAAAAGCAGCAUAUCCGUAACAAAAUGUUAUCACACGCAGUCUUCACAUUCACCGUUGUUCUAUAUUAUAUAUUUUAUUUGUAUGAGGAGUUUGCGAACGCGGUCGGUGUUUUUCUUUUCUGCAGAGUAUGUCACCGGCACGUGGGAAAUCAAAACGAUUAUGUGCCAAAAUAAAUAUGCACAUGACUUCUAUGUAUACAUAAUAUGUAUGUGUAUGAUAUUAAUAUUAUAUAGGUGUAUACAAUCAACGAUGAGAAUACAAUUUCAUUCGGUUAGGAUAGGGGACUUAUAUGGAACUUAUAGGGUAAAGAUAGUAAACUGGUAGAUAGGUACAUACGACGCGUCGGUCGGCGGCGAAACGGUUUUUCUUUUGUUUGAUAUGAUAGAUACGAUAUUGUUACCGAGCGAAAUCGUCCAUCAACACAGGGGUAACUGCACCAUGCGACGUGUACAUUUUUUUACUAAAUGGUUCUUACUUUUUUUUUUCAACCCAUCCCGUUAUUAAAAAUAAAACCAAAACCUUUUGAAGCCACUUGUUCCACCAUAACAAUAUAAAAAAUACUUAUAUAAUAAAUAUAGGUACUAUUAAAACACAUAUCAAUCAAAUAUUUCGACAUUUCAUGGAUUUAAAACAAUUAAUUGUCGGCGAAAUGACUUACCUUUAACGUACAAUUUAUUACUUUGAAAUAUUAUCUUUAACAUUUCUUUUCGUUUUCCUUUUUACAUAUUUUAUCCAAUAAACAACAACCAUAUCAUUAUAUAUGUCAUUAUGCAACGUGUUUAUAUUGCAUUACAUUUUACAAUAUUCUCUAAGUUGGUAAAUAUAAUGUUGUAACUACAAUGAACAAUUUUGAUUCAAGUAAUAUUACAAUGAUAUAGACGAUUCGUGAGAAUAAACAUUUAUUGAUUCCGACUUCUGAAUAUCGAUUAUAGUCUACAAUAUUGUUUGGCAGAUAUUAAAUUCGUCUUUGUGUUUCGAAUUGAAAAAUAAUUUAAAUGUAAAAUAAUUACAAUAGAAAAAAAGGUUUCUGGAUAUUAUUAUAUCUACUAAAACCGGAAAAAUUAUUUUUUCCAUAGACUUUGUUCUGUCGACGUAGAGAUUAAUAAAGCAUAGAAUUAAAAUGGCUAUAAUGUUUCAAUAUUAUUAUUAUUUACAUAUUUCAAAAUCCAUUCAUAAUAUUUACACAGUCGAUGAAUUACAUUUCUACAUAUGAUCUGUGUUGUGAGUUACUACAUUACUUUUUAAUUACGAUGGUGGAAUUAUAGUUUUAAACAUUGUCAUAGGACCUAGAUGAUAUUAACUAUUUUAUAUUUAUUUUGCCAUGGUUCCUAUUAUUGAAAAAAUAAUACUCAAACUGUUGACACAAAUGAGGGAUUUAAUUGUCAAUGCAGAGUGUAUAUCAGACAAAAUAUGCAACUUAAAAGAAUAAUAAGUUAGAAAGCUAAAUAAUAAAAUCAGUGAUGUACCACCCUUAUUAUUCCUCUAUAUUAUGUUAAUUAUUGUCAUAAGCUAAGAUAUUAUUGUAUACAUAUUUUCCUACUUGCACGCUUUAUUGUAUUAUUAUAGUUAUGUAGAUCGUGCCCCGAUUUUAUGUUCUUGUUGAUGUUCAUAAAAUGUAUACCUAAUGUUGUAAAUUUCGCAAGUUUUUGUGUCAUUGAUGAAAAUGUGAACCUGGGACCAUUUGAUUUAUCAAUACGCGAUUGAUGUGAAUGUUAUACUAAUAUAUUAUUAUGGUAGUUGAAAAUGAAAGAAAACGUUAAAAAUACCAAUAGGUAGGUAUAUAUAAUAUACCUUUGUAUACCUUGAUGUCAUUCGGUAAACUCAAAGUAAAAAUUAACUAAAAUUGUAGACAUUUUAUAUAUAGGA